GCGGAACUUCCGGGUCUGGUGAAGCUUUGCCAAGACGUCGGUGAGCGACCCAGAUACCUUGUUUGUGGGCAGAGAUGGCCUCAGAAGUCGAGGAACAAAUCCCUGUGCAUGAGGAAUUCUUUCUUUGUGGUGGAGUUGAAACCCAGAUCAUAAAAUGUGGGCCCUGGACUAACCUCUUUGAGAAAGGUGCCAGCAAGCCAGAACAGCUUAUCUUCAUCAUUCCCGGUAACCCAGGCCAGUCCCCCUUCUACGUGCAAUUUGCAAAGGCCUUGUACUCUUUGAUGAAGAGCCGCUUCCCAGUGUGGGUAAUCUCUCAUGCUGGGUUUUCGGUGACUCCCAAAGACAAGAAGAUUCUUACAGCACCACACGAGUCAAAUGCUGAAAAAAUUGAGGACGUCUAUGGUCUGAAUGGCCAAAUAGAGCAUAAAAUAGCUUUUCUGAAAGCUCAUGUGCCAAAGGAUGUGAAGCUUAUCCUGAUUGGCCAUUCCGUAGGCACCUAUAUUACUCUCCAUGUGAUGAAGCGUGUCCCCGAGCUGCCUGUCGUCCACACCUUUCUGCUCUUCCCAACUAUAGAACGGAUGUCUGAAUCGCCCAACGGCAAGUUUGCCACUCCACUCUUGUGUCAGUUUCGAUACCUGCUCUAUGCUACCAGCUACUUACUUCUUAAGCCGUGUCCUAACGUAAUAAAAUCUUUGAUAAUCCAAAAACUCCUGGGAUAUAUGAACUUUAAGCUUGAACUUCCUUCGACGGACAUCCUUCAACCAUUCUGCCUUGCUAACGCUGCCUACCUCGGGAGCCAAGAAAUGGUCCAGAUAGUGAAGAGAGAUGAUGACAUCAUAAAGGAGCAUCUACCUAAGCUUAAGUUUUACUAUGGUAAAACCGAUGGCUGGUGCCCAGUAAAGUACUAUGAAGACAUGAAGAAGGAUUUCCCAGAAGGCAAUAUUUACCUCUGUGAGAAAGGAAUACCACAUGCGUUUGUUCUCGGUUUUAGCCAGGAGAUGGCUACCAUAGUUGCUGACUGGAUAAAUAAUAGACCGCCCAAAAAAUAAGUACUGGCCCAAGGAGGGGAAAAAAAAAUCACCUACAGCCAGUACAUAAAAGCUCUAGGUAUGUUCUGCUUAGGGGCAAAUGUUUAAUUCUAAUGCUUGAAGGAAAACUCGAGACCCUCCUGGCUUACAGAUUCCCAGCUCCCACACCCUGCGUUAAGACUAAAGUGAACCCGGCUGACAGCUCACUCCAUGGGGAGCAAUGAGCAGAGGAUGCUGACGGUGCACUUUCCCAGUUCAGGGGGCAAUCAGUUCAGACUUCAUACAGGUCCUGGCUGACAGCAUCACCCUGAGAAUCAUGAUUCACCUGCAAUAAACCAAAAAUCAAGUUUGCCUGACACUCAUCAACUAACUAGACAGCGUUGCUGAAGGAGCCUGACUCCACCCCGCCACAGGAUAACCAGCAGGCCUCUCCUGACCCCUGAAAUGCCAGGUCCCUGCUGGCUCCUCUAGAGCAAGAGGGGAGGGAUGAAGUGUCCACGUCAGAUUUGCACGGGAUUUCUCAUCAGUGUGAUUCAGCCAGUGACCUCCAUGCACAGGAUGCAGUGAGCCACCCAUCCCAUUCAUGAUGCCAUUAACUGCCUUGGGACCCUUCCCUUCUGAAAAUUUCCUAGGAUGCAAUUUUUGGAAAGGUGUUUUAAAUUGUUGACUAAAGCAUUAGUCAUUCUCCAUUUGCCUAAAUUUUAUUGAUUGGAAAGAAAGGAUUCGUGAAUGAACAGAGUUCUGAAAGUCAUUAAAUUUGUAUUACUUCACCUCGAAGUCCAGUAGAAAAGUUAGAGUGCUAACUUCCUGACACACUGGACAGCUCUGCUACCUUACCUUAAUUGACUCAAUCCUAAGAUCUCAGAGGCCAAUAAACCCAACUGUCUACAGUGAAAGUUGAACAAUUGGAAGCAUUCCAUUUUCUUGUAGAGAAAAGCUCUCGUAGCAGUAUCAUCCAUUCCUCAAGGGCAGCGAGAAGGUCCUUCCUCUCAAACCCCUAAGGCCCUGAUGAAGGAUUCAGUUCUCCUGUGCUGCCUCUCAGUGGUGAGAGGAGUGGGUUCUUAUCGCUCAGCAUGGCUUCUCCAGAGAAGUUCAGCCUCUCAGAGAGUAAAAGCUAGGCUGCAGCCAAGGAGUGCCCUUAGCCCAGGAAGACACCGUGAGUCCUCCCUGGUGUGUGAGUCCUCCCUGGUGUCUGCACAAGGACGUCUCCUGCAGAGCUGACCUGGGAGGCCAGGAUUCAGGCUCUGAGUGCCUUGCUUACAGAACAGGCGUGGUCACUAGUGGGAAUCAACGCAUAAAAACGAGUCCUGGUAAGCCAGACCUACUGGAACAAAUUAUUUUAUGUCACUCUUUGUUUUCCAAUUCCUGCUUAAAAGGCCCUGGUUCCUCAUUCCUAUUCCUCACCUCAACAUCAAAUGAGAUUUUAUAAUAAAUGUCUCACCCGCAGUCGCUGCUGUGUCUGGUCUGAUCUCUAUGCUGUAGGCAAGGAUCGAGUAUAAGCAGUUUGCAUAGGCUGAAUUCAGCUAUCAAAGGUGCUUCUGUCACUGCGCUUUUGGAAGAGGGAAGAAUCGGGUUUUAAGACAUGAAUCCUUGAGAA